AUUCUAUUGCCAAAGCGCCCGUCUGGAAACUCUGGGUCCUACGACCUUGGGCCGGAGUUCCUACUUUCUUUCUCUCUGUCUUUCUCUCCUGCCCUCUUUUCCCCGCUCCUCCCCUUUGCUCGCCACGCUGCAAGGCUGGGAGGGCACAGGGGCUCACCCAUGGCCCUCCUCUUCCCUAAUACCAGAGGAGUUUCUCCAGAUCCGACGAGAAAAAGUCUCGCGCUUCUCCGCUCUCUCUUUUACUCCCCUCCCCUCCAAUUUUGUUUUUGGAGGGGGCGUGCGCGCGAGAGUGUGUCUCUGUGUGCUCUAAAUCACAUGGUGUUUUAAGAAAUGCUCCAAAGAUGGCGGUAGCGGCGGCCGGAGGGGGAGGCGUUGGCGGCCGGGCGCAGCGGAGUGGCGCGCUGGAAGUUUUGGUGCGCGACCGGUGGCACCGGGUGCUGGUGCACCUGAGCUCCGAGGCGCUGGUGCUGAGCUCCGAGGAGGGAGGCGCGGUCGCCGCCGCUUACAACGGCAUCGGGACAGUGGCUGCGGGCAGUAACGGCAAUGGGAGUUUCUACAGCAGAGGGGCAGCUGUUAGUCCUGCGGCGGCGUCCGGCGACGCCGCCGCCGCCUGCAACCUUUCCGGAGUAGGAUCUCCUGAAUCCCCGUCGGGGGACGCGGGCGGUGGCGGCAUCGGCGGCAGUCCCACGUCGGGUUUGAUGAGCGGGGUGCGCACGGCUUUCACCGACCUGCCCGAGCAAGUUCCCGAAGCCAUCUCCAACAAGAAGCGGUGCGUGAAGGUGUUGAAGCAGGAGAUGGGGGGCCUGGGCAUUAGCAUCAAGGGGGGCAAAGAGAACAAGAUGCCCAUCCUGAUCAGCAAAAUCUUCAAAGGGUUGGCGGCCGACCAGACCCAGGGACUGUACGUCGGGGAUGCCAUCCUGGCCGUCAACGGCACGGACCUGCGGGACGCCACCCACGACGAAGCCGUGCAAGCCCUGAAGAGGGCGGGCAAGGAGGUGGUGCUGGAAGUGAAGUACAUGAGAGAAGCCACCCCCUAUGUGAAGAAAGGGUCUCCAGUUUCCGAAAUUGGAUGGGAAACUCCCCCACCUGAGUCACCCCGGUUGGGAAACACCUCCAUUGAUCCCCUGUCUCAGCUGUCUCUCUCCAUUCACCGAGACAAGAAAACCAUCCCACUCAAAAUGUGCUACGUUACAUGGAACAUGGCUGUGUCGGACCCAGAACGGCUUAUUGAAGUUCAUUCACCAGAUGCCAAGCACACUCUGGUUCUAAGGAGUAAGGAUUCAGCCACUGCUCAAGCCUGGUUCCACGCUAUCCACUCUUGUGUCAGCGAUCUCAUUCCUAAGGUCAUUUCGGAGGUCAAAGAUCAACUGGGUAAAGCAGGAAUUGCUGGAGGUCGAGAGUUGAGGCACCUGGGCUGGCUCGCAGAAAAGGUGUUGGGAGAGAAUGAGAAGCACUGGAAAGCCGUGCUUGUUGUCCUGACUGAGAAGGAUCUCCUUAUGUAUGAGAGUAUGCCACGGAUCAAGGAGGCUUGGUUUAGUCCUCUCCAUUCCUAUCCUCUGCUGGCCACCAGGUUGGUGCAUUCAGGGCCUGGGAAGGGCUCCCCACAAGCUGGGAUGGAUUUAUCCUUUGCGACUCGUACAGGCACACGGCAAGGAAUUGAAAGCCAUCUCUUCAGGACAGAGACUAGCAGAGACCUCUCACUGUGGACACGGAGCAUAGUCCAGGGUUGCCAUAAUGCUGCCGAACUCUCCACAGAAAUCACAACCGUCCCCAAUUCCACUGUGUCCCCCCCAACCUCACCUUGUUCAGUUUGCACCUACAAAAGCCAGGAGUGCCGUUUGACCCUUCAUUAUGACCGUGGAUUCUCUCUCGCAACUGAACCCCAGGAUGGUGCCUUUCCCAAAACAAUUCUACAGUUUCCCUAUGAGAAGCUAAAAAUGUCCUCAGACGAUGGGAUCCAGAUGCUUUACUUAGACUUUGGAGGAAAGGAAGGCGAAAUUCAAUUGGACCUUCACUCUUGUCCAAAGCCAAUUGUGUUCAUCAUUCAUUCAUUCCUUUCAGCCAAGAUUGCAAGACUUGGGUUGGUAGCAUGAGCGCCAUCUGUCAAUUUUGCAAAGAAGGAAAAUGGAGCUGUCUGCCCAAUCUAAAUGGCAAGUGACUUCUUGGCAACACCUGACGUUGCUCGGGACAUAACUACUCUGCACAGAAGCUAUGCUAAUGUUUGGAACAGCUACAAAAAUGAGGCACAGAAGAGUAAGAGUUGUCAAGAAACCUGAGAGCAGGAGCAUUUGCUUUGACUAACAUGUUCCAGGGGAAACAACAUUAAUCGCUGUAAAUAAAGGGGGGGGGAAAUGAAUAUUGAAGGAAUCAAUAGCUUACUACAUUGUGGCAUUUCAGAUACAUAGCUGUGCCUAUGGCAGUGGUACCAGGCAGUGGUUUUCAAACUGGGUUCUGAGAAACUCUGAAGUGCUUUUCAGACUAUCAGGAAUGGCAGACCAGCUUCCCAGAACACAAAGCAUGCCCAUCAUUUUCUUGACAUCGCAUAGCCACGGUGGAGCAAUUGUCCAUUUUAGGGUGCAGUCUCUCUGUUCAGUGUGGCAUGACACCUGCUCCCAACAGAUCUGGCUGACGGUCUUUGUAAACCGAUAGUGUGCCCUAGAAUGCCCCAGAAUCUGUACAACAUGCAGGGGGCUGUGCGGCAGACAAACUGAUGUGGGUGGGGUUUUGAGAGCGGGAAGUUUUAAAACCACUGACAGAGUGAAAAUCAGGCCUAUACUAAUAGCAGAGUACAAAAAGCAUUUAAUCCACAUAGGAUUUGACAAGAAGUUGGGCAAUAACUUCUUUUGAAAAGAUUGCAUUUCUGAAAUUACAUGAUUCAUUUUAAAACAUUGUAGUCAAAAGACACUGAAGGCAGCAAAAAUCCCUGUUGGGUUUUUUUUUGUGGGGGAACGGACAUUUUGAAUUGAGCAAUAGUAGGCUAAAUGCAACAGUGGUUCACUCCAGUCACAGGUUCUUACAUGAAAAAAAGACACAAGGGAAGGGCUCUUUAAUCCCUUCCACAUCGGUCUAAGCAGCACCUCCCUUGUAUUAUGCAUUAGUUGCUGGGGUUUUUUGCUCCAAUUAUAGAUCUGCACAGCUGAGGUAUAAGAGCACCAACAGCACCUGGGAGCUGCCUAUUCUUGUAACAAAGUACCAUUUUAUGGGGAUGUAGCCAACCAGGUCUUACUCACAGUAGUCUCAUUGAAAUCAAUGGACAGAAACCAGGCCUGACAUCCAUUGAUUUCAAUGGGUCUCCUCUAUGACUUGGCCAGAUACAGCCCAUUGUUUCCAUGUGGUACACAAACACUAUUGCUUGAAAGAUGACUUCCACAUGCAGCAACACUAAAACCCUAUUUUGUAUGCCCAAAAGGCAAAAAAAUAUGAUUGGGAGGCCUGGAACUAGCGCCUUUCAGUGUUAUUAUCCUUAUUUAAACUUUUUGGAACACCACACAUUUUUUUCAAUAUUGAUUCCCUCUGAUUGACCGAGAAAAGAAAGCUCAGUUGUGUUCCAUUUUAAUGGUGUUCCCUGGAAGUGGGACACAACAAAUCAAAUCCGUGUUUAGGGUUAUUUUGGUUAUGUGCUAAAUUGGAAAAAUACUUUAUUUUACAUACAGGAAGUACCAAACUAAAUCCAUAUUGCAGAUGUAGAUCUAACACUCCUGUUCUCUAACCAUGGUUAAAUGAUCAAAAGUUCUCUGUACAUUUAACUUUACCCAGGACUGAGCAUUAGCCAAGAGUUUACUCUCAAGGUUUGAAGAUGAUUAUUAAUGCUGGUUAAGAGCACAUAUGGUUGGCAUUUAUAAUGGCUAAACUUGGUGCUGGUGUAAUUUUUAAUGAUGGUGAAUACAUGUCAGUAGAGAGAGGAAUAGGAAGAUAAAGUACUGAAGGCUGAUCUCUUAACCAUAAUUAAGAAAUCAGGAGUAAUACAUGUGCACCAGCCCUUAGAGAGGGAGAUAUGGAUAAGAGCUGUCUUCCACAAAAACAUGCAAUCAGUUUCUUGCAAUAUAGUAUUGCCCUGAUCUAGGGUCCCAUGGGCCACUCCAGUGUAUGGGCUUCCACAUUUCACUUGAAUGGAGUUAAGAGUGCCAUGCAUCUAGGGGCAGAUCUCUCUACAUUUAAAGGGAAUAGGAACACUUUUGUAGGUAGGGGAUCUCCAUAAGUGCAUUAAAGUGCCUGCGCUAGCCAACUGAAGGGUGCAGGGAUAUGUGGGUUUUGGCUUAAAAACUUCCUUUUGUGAAACACUGAGGAACAUGCAGACAUACAAAUACAGGGACGUACUAGCCCAUGCCCUUACCAACACUGCAUGAAUUGCAUGAAUUACAAGUUCUUUGCUCAAGACAUCUUCAGUCACAAACGGAGACCUUUUAUGGAUUAGAAUGACAGAAAGUCAGAGAAUAACCCAGAAUUAUUGUGUAUUGUAGGGAAAGUCAAUGCAUAUGUAAAUUAUACUGCACUACUUCCUUAAACACUUUAAAAAAAUCACUGGAAUAUUAUAGUUAUACCUUCAUUGUAAAUAAUCAGAAUUCAUCUAUUAGUUAUCAAGUAUUAAAUGACACAGUAUGUCUCAUAAUUUACGGUGCUCAGAUUACAAUAUAAAGAAUAACUAAUUUGCAAAGAGAAAAAUUGUUAUAUAUUUAUAGACAAAUUAAAUACAGAUUUUGGACAGGCUCAUAUUUGGUUGAGGUUGAUAGAAUGAAUUAUAUGGCGCUACUCCAGAUUUAUAAGAAUUUAGUUUAAAAUAUUUAUAUUUUAGAGGAAAAAAGACUAUAUUUAAUAAAAAUUUCAUUUAUUGGA